UAUAUAAAUAUCAUACAGGCGAGAAGUCUCCGUUUCCUACUUCGGACUCUCACUGUAGUCUCUUUCCGGCGUACCUGUUUCGGCAUCCAAACAGAUUACAAUUUGCUGCUUCAGUCUCUUCUCUACAUCGAAACAUGAGUCGACCAAUGGAAGAAGAUGCACCAACGAAAAACGAGGAAGAGGAGUUCAACACUGGCCCCCUCUCUGUCUUGAUGAUGAGUGUCAAAAACAAUACACAGGUUCUUAUCAACUGCAGGAAUAAUAAGAAGCUUCUAGGUCGUGUUAGGGCAUUUGAUCGACACUGCAACAUGGUGCUGGAAAAUGUUAGAGAGAUGUGGACUGAGGUCCCAAAAACAGGAAAAGGCAAGAAGAAAGCUCUUCCGGUUAACAAAGACAGAUUUAUCAGCAAGAUGUUUCUCCGAGGCGAUUCUGUCAUCAUUGUUCUUAGAAACCCUAAGUAAAAGGAUUUUGUUGAUUUGGGAUUCUGGAUUGAAACUUUGACCUGUCAUUGAAGACAAAGUAGACAAUGGUUGUAUCUGUUAAAAGAUGUUUUUUUUUUUUUUUUUUUUUUUUGUAUGAUGAUUGCUUAACUUCCCUAUACUUUAGUUUGAGUUUGUCAUGGAUUUAAGUUUUGGAUUA